AUGGGUAAGGACAUAAGGUCAUUUACUCUUCCAGAAAUUGAUGACAUGUAUGACAAUGCAAACGGCAGCAUUCCACAAGAGAUUUUCGAGGAAACAAGUAUUAAACCCAACCCCAAUGAUGUCUCUAUGUUCGAGUCACUUAAUGGUCAGCAACGAGCUGCUUACAACGAGAUCAUGUCCUCCAUCGAAGCUGACCAAGGUCGAAUGUUUUUUGUUGAUGGCCCUGGUGGAACUGGCAAGACCACAUCUGGUGUUGCUGCGUCAAUAAUGCUCGGUGAAUAUCUUUUGCGAAUUGGAAACAGUGCAGAAGUGGUCAAUGAGGAUGGCAAUGUCCGCCUUCCAGAUAAGAUUCACUUGCCUUACAAAGGUGAUGGUAACGAUCUCGACAGAUUAAUCGCAAGAGUAUUCCCAAAUCUGAAUGAAAACAUGUCAAAUAAAGAUUACAUUACCUCAAGAGCCAUCCUAUCCACACGUAAUGAUUGGGUCGAUAAUAUUAAUGUGAAGAUGAUUGAGAGUUUCCAAGGAGGAGAGGUUACGUAUCACAACUUUGAUUCCGCGAUUGAUGAUCCACAUAAUUACUACCCAUCCGAGUUCCUCAACACUUUGACACCCAACGGUCUACCUCCACAUGUGCUAAAGCUUAAGGUUGGAUGUCCAAUUAUACUGCUGCGGAACAUCGAUCCAGCAAAUUGGCUACGCAAUGGUUGGGGGCUUGUGGUGAGGGCAUUUCAAAGAAACACCAUUGAUGCUGAAAUUGUUGUAGGGCAGCAUGCUGGAAAGCGUGUUUUCUUACCUAGGAUCCCCCUGUGCCCAUAUGAUGAUGAGAUGUUUCCAUUCCGGUUCAAAAGGAAGCAGUUUCCUAUCAGAUUAAGUUUUGCAAUGACAGUCAACAAAUCACAAGGACAAACUAUCCCUAAUGUUGGUGUGUAUCUACUCAAUCCAGUAUUUUCACAUGGACAACUGUAUGUUAUGAUGUCUAGAGCAACUGCUAGAACGAACAUAUGUAUCCUCGCUCUCCCACCGAAUGCCAAGGAGCGUGAAGAGGAAGAUGAUAAAAAUGAGGAGGACAAAAACGGCAAAAAGGCUAAGAAGAAGAGUGAUAAGAAAUCAAAGAAAACAGCUAACAAGGUUGAGAACAAUCCAACACCAUCACUAGAGUGGUCUUUCACGAAAAAAUAUUGUUUAUAA